AUGAUAAUGCUAAAUGCUAAUUACAAGAAAACAUGAAAUUUUCCUUCAACGAAAGAUACCGAUAAUUUUACUUGAGAAGUCUACCUUCUUCUUUCGAUCCUCUCAGGGCUUCUCGUCGCUUUUGCAGGAAUAAUAUCUGGAUUAACAGUUGGCCUUCUCUCAAUAGAUAUAGAGGCUCUGGAAUCUAAAGCACUUACGGGAACAGAAAAAGAAAAAUUGCAAGCUAUGAAAAUACUCCCCUUAAUCAAGAAGCACCAUUUAUUGCUUGUCAGUCUGAUAAUUGUGAAUUCGCUUGCACUUGAAGCACUUCCAUUGAUUUUAGAGUCAAUGAUCGGAGACAUAGGAUCAAUAAUUAUAAGUGUUACAAUAGUUUUAAUUUUUGGAGAAAUAAUACCGCAAUCUAUUUGCACAGGCCCAAAGCAAAUUGAAAUUGCUUACAAAUCUAUUCUGCUAAUUAAAUCAAUUAUUUAUAUUUUACUACCAAUUGCAUGGCCAUUAUCUAAGCUUUUGGAUAAAAUUUCAGGCUCAAAACAUAAAAGAAAAAUUAAUAAAAAUGAAAUAAAGAAUUUUAUAUUGACAACAUAUUCAAAAUCAAAAAAUAUAGACCCAGCAAGACUGCAGCAGCUUAAAAUAAUUGUGAAUUUAAUUGAUAUCAAUUCACAUGUUGUUAAUAUGCACAUGAUUCCUAUAGAACAAGUUUUUAGUCUCAGUUCUGACACACUUUUGACAAGACAUAUGCUCUGUGAAAUCAAAAAUACGGGGUUUAGCAGAAUACCUAUAUAUGAAAGACAUGAAAAAUCCAAUAUUAUAGGAAUUCUACUCUUGAAGAGGCUUGUAGGAGUUGAUGAAAAUAUUUAUAUCAAGAACUCACUCCCCCCCCUUUAAAUUGAACAAAAUAUAGGUAAAAUUUCCACUUUUUUGGUAAAUUAACGCCCCUUUAAAUUGGAACAAAAUUUAAUUUUAUAAUAAAAAAUUUUAUAUAUAUAAAUCAUAAAUUUAUGUAAAAAGUUUUGAUAUAAUUUAAAUGUUUCUUCUUAACUAAAAUUAAAAAUUUAGUUAUAUCCUGCUCUUGUUUAAAGAAUAGAGUAUAAAGAGCAUUUUAUUUAAAUAAAUUUAUUAUCCUUAAUUGUAAAUUUUUAAAAAAUUUAAUUUUUUUUGUUUUUAAAAAAAUUUUCAAAAACAAUUUUUUUUUUUUGUUGAUAAAAAAUGAUAUUUUUUUUUUUAAAAUAGCUUUGAUAUAAAUUCAAGACGAAUUCUUUACAAAAAUUCAAAAUUUACCUAUUUCUUGCUUUAUUUUAAAGAAUAGAGUAUAAAUAACAUCUUAUUUAAACAAAAUUAGCACUUUGAUUAAUAAAUUUUCUAAAUGUUUUUUUAUCAAUAAAAAUAAUAAUUUUUGUGUAAAUAUUUUUGAUACCAAUUAAUAGUGGCGUAUUAAUUAAUAAUAAAAUUUUAGUUAUAUCUUGCUUUGUUUUAAAGGAUAAAGAGUAAAUAGCAUUUUAUUAAACAAAUUUAUUAAUCUAAUUCGAUAAAUUUUUGAAAUUUUUAUAUAAAUUUUUUUUUUUAUUAUAAUGAUUUUAUUUUUAAAAAAAUUUUCUUAACCCCCUUUUAAAUUGGAACAUAAUUUUUAGUUCCAAUUUAAAGGGGGGGGAGUCAGGCAUAAAAUUAAUAGAACCUCUCUAUGUUCAAGAAGAAAUCUCAUUUUAUGACCUUUUAAAUAUUUUUCGGCAAGGAAAAUCACAUGUCGCUUUUGUUACUGGGCUCAAUAAGGAUAAUCAAUCUCCAUCUAUAAUUGGUAUGAUUACAUUAGAAGACGUUAUCAGAAAUAUAACCAAGCUUGAAAUAAAAGAAAUUUUUUCAGAGCCUCGAAGCCUUAUUUAG